AUGAUCACGGCAGCCUCACCCCAGACUCCUCAUAUGAAGACGUCGAAACUGUCCCUGGAUAUUGGCGGUUUCUCGGGAAUGGGCACACCCGCCACUCCUUCCUCGCCCUCAUUUAGUGCAUGCCCUUCGCCAACAUUAUCAGUCUCAAUGAACAUGAACAAAUCCCAGGCUGAACUAACUGCUCUACUGAAGGAAGCUUACAAUGCAAUAAAAGAGAAAGAAAGAGACCUUACGUUGGCCGCCGAGAUUGGCAAAAGUCUACUUGAGAACAACAUUUCCCUCAAAUCAAAGUGUGAAGCGAUGGCCACCCAAUUGCAACAAUUGCAACGAGAUCGCAUUAAGAACGCCACGUUUUCAUUACAAGCCGGAGCUGUCAAUAAACCUAAUGUAACGCAAAUAGCGGCACCGGAUUCGUUCAUGGAGUUUGAUGAGAGCGAUAAUGAUUCAACUUAUGGACGGAGCAGUUCCGUCGAUGUCCCCCCAAUAAAUGAUUCGUCAAAAAGAGGUGGAUCACGUGUAAAUUAUAAUGACCUCGAAAACAUAAAGGAGCUUGAAAUCAAAAACAUGCAACUCCAAGCACAGCUCGACGAUGCCAUAAGAGAAUGUUCGGAGAAUGAAAAGACGACCAAGGCAAAAAUUAGAAAGAUGGAGUCUGAAAUUAGUUAUUAUCAAGAAGAAUAUUCUUCAGCCUCACAGAAGAUUGAAGACCUCGAAAAGGAAAACGAACGUUUAAAACAGAAGCAAAAAUCGGAAUUCUGGAACUUGAAAUAUAACAAAAAUGACAAUGAUGCUUACCUUGAUACACUACAUCGUAAGAUUGCGGAUUUGGAAGAACAAAAUGAAACCGUUGAACGGGCAAAGGCUGAAAUUGAGAGACGUUUGAAUCGUGCCUCGAAGGACCUGGAAUCUCUCCGAGAAUCUUACAACGAGUUGGCUGAUGCAUCAAAAGGUUACGAAUUGUUGCAAGUCGCUAAUAGGGAACAAGAGCUCAUUAUCAAUGAUCUAAGCGAAACCGUGGAAGAACAACGCGCGAUGAUUGUGAGCAUGAGAUCGGGAAUGUACUCGCGUACUCAAUCACGGUCGAGUUCCUUCUCCGAAAGUAAUAUAAUGACAAACGCCAUAAGACGACUGAGUAAUCCGGAUGGUGCGUCUUUGUUUGGUUCUGCCAAUACCGGAUCCCAACAAUCGAACGGUAAUAAGUUUCGGAAAACGUUGCUUUCCGAGUUAGAGAACGAGUGGUUCCGAGAGUUAACGAUAUUUCAAAGAGAUGGAAAAAAGUUUGGAGGGAAUGUGGAGUCGCCAAUGUUUUCACCGGUGACUUCGGAAGGUGAUCUCAAAAAUUACUUUUUAUCAAACGGUUCACAUCUAGAUGACGAUAUAUCACAAAUAGAUUAUUUGUCUGACGGUGAAUUCAGUUUCUUGGAGGAAUUUGAAGACGAUGAUAUUCCGCCAAGACGAGAAUGGUUCUGGAAAAGAUGGAUUAGAUGGUGGAUCGCUACUAUAUAUAUGUUCCUGUCGACAAUAUGGAAAUGGUGCCGAUUUAUCGUAAUUCUCAUUGCCGCCCUCAUGAUGGCUCUUUACCGUGGACCCGAUUACAUUCU